CAUUGAUUUUUCUACGAAAAUGGCCAUAUGAUUGCAAAACAUGGGAUAGUCAGUGACACCGUUUCGUUACAAGGGACUACAAUACUGCAAGUGUUUCUAAACCUGAACCGCUUAGCCAGCGAUAACAUAACUGAUUUGACCUCACAACUCAUAUGUUAGGUUAAACGAAGAAUGUUUUCAUCAUUACCAGCUGAUGACAUCGUACACAUUUUACGCUGGGAUGUGACAUUGAAAUAAGAAAGAACGCAUGUCCCUUGUCUACCAACACUGUCACUGUGACAUUACCGCUAGGAAUAUUAUUGUUAUAUAAUUGCAUGACCUUGCCGAGGGGUAGGGUCAUUUCAUUAAUAAAAAGGGAACGUGAAGCCUAAUAUUUCGCAUUUAGCAUAGGAAUCUCUUACAGGAAAAUGAAUAAAAUUGGGAGAAUUUAUCCCUGGAAAGACGGGCUAUUUAUGAUCAAAAGACAUCCGAAAAAUAUAUUUUCUAAAGGACCAUCAAAGGACAUAGCUAAUCAGCAAAAGGAACAUGUGUUUCGUUGUCAUCAGUGUAGGAAAUUACGAACUGUUGCAAGCCUACAUUCAUUCAACAUUACAGGAUCACAUGGAAUCUUCCAUUCACCGAGAAAGCAACCUCCAUUUGGAAUUUCGAAAUGCCUCAGGACAGAGAUCCGAGCUUUUUCUCAUUUGUUGAAGAGAUCUGGUUUCCAUAGCAACCAUGAUUUAAUGCAACUGUUUGGAUUAGGAGGGGCCCGUCACUUCAGCACCUCCUCUGGUCGCCAGCAGCAGCAGCAAGAUGGUGACAAGGACGACAAGGAUGACAAGGACAAGAAAAAUGAAAAAGAUAAGCUUCCCCCACUACCACGACUCCUGAUCUGGUUCUGGGUGGCGGUGACGGUAUACACUGCGAUGCGCAUGACGCAGGAACAAGACACCAACUACUACAGAUACAUCUCCUGGAAUGAGUUCUACCAUGACAUGCUGGCCAAAGGGGAGGUUGAUGAGAUCAAGGUCAGCCCGGAGUCAGAGACCUGUAUCAUACAGUUGCAUAAAGGCGCUGUUGUCAAGGGAAAAAAGAGUGAGUUCUUGUACUACACUAUGAAAGUGCCAGAUCCCUACAAGUUUGAAGAGAAGGUGAGGAAGGCAGAAGCUGAGCUUGGCAUCAAACCAGAGCAAGGUGUGCCCAUCUCCUAUGACAGGAACAGCUCCUGGUUUGCCUUCAUCUUCAUGGCUGUGAUUGGCCUGGCUCUCUUCCUGUUUCUGCGCAGCGUCACAAAGGUGUCACUACCGAACCCCUCCGACAUGUUUGCCAAUGAGCGUAAAGCAAAGUUCGUGCGCGUGGAUGUCAUGUCCCAACAAGGCAAGGGUAUCAGCUUCAAGGAUGUGGCAGGGUUGAAGGAGGCCAAGGUCGAGGUCAUGGAGUUUGUGGAUUACAUGAAGACCCCGCAGAGAUUUAAGGAACUUGGGGCAAAGAUUCCCCACGGAGCCCUGUUGCUGGGUCCACCAGGGUGUGGCAAGACACUGCUGGCAAAAGCUGUAGCCACUGAAGCAAGAGUCCCCUUCCUGGCUAUGGCGGGGUCUGAGUUCGUGGAGAUGUUGGGAGGUCUGGGAGCAGCAAGGGUGCGAGACUUGUUCAAGGAGGCCAGGAAGCGAGCUCCAUGCAUCAUCUACAUCGAUGAGAUUGAUGCCAUUGGGAGGAAAAGGAGUGGCAGCACCAUGGGCGGCAGCGCAGAGGAGGAGCACACCCUCAACCAGCUGCUGGUGGACAUGGAUGGCAUGGGCACCAUGGAGGGCGUCAUUGUCCUCGCCUCCACCAAUAGGGCUGAUAUACUGGACAAGGCCCUGCGCUUCGACCUGGCCGAGUUGGUCGUCCACAUCAUGAUUGACCUCCCAGCAGCUGAAGAGAGAGGCGGGGAAACAUUUGAGAUGUAUCUGAAGAAACUGACUAGUGAACCUCCAUCAGUGUAUGCUCGAGAACUGUCCCAGAUGUCACCAGGGAUGAGUAGUGCCGACAUCGCCAACAUCUGCAAUGAGGCUGCCAUCCAUGCUGCCAGGGAAACCAAGAAACUGGUGGAUGCUGCUGAUUUCGAGUAUGCCGUGGAGAGAGUUGUGGCUGGUGUGGAGAAGAAGACUCGCCUUCUCUCCCCCACAGAGAAGAAGAUUGUGGCUUACCACGAAUCAGGUCAUGCUCUGGUUGGCUGGCUCCUCAAGUACACAGAUGCUCUGCUCAGGAUAUCCAUCGUGCCAAGAACCAACAGUGCUUUGGGAUUUGCUCAGUACAUGCCGUCCGACCAGAAGCUGUAUUCUUCUGAUGAGCUGUUUGAGAGGAUGUGUAUGGCGCUUGGAGGUCGGGCAGCUGAGGCAAUCAUCUUCAACCACGUAACAACGGGAGCUCACGAUGACCUCCAGAAGGUGACCAAAAUGGCGUUUGACCAGAUCCGAUCGUAUGGCAUGAAUGACAGGGUGGGGUAUCUGUCUUUCCCCCCAGAGUCCGACGACACCCUCGGCACCAAGCCCUACAGCAAGAGGCUGGCAGCCAUCAUGGAUGAGGAGGCAAGGAACUUGGUGAACCGAGCUUACCAUCACACAGUGGAGAUCCUGGGAAACAACAAGGAGAAGCUUCACACUCUGGCUUCCACACUGCUCAAGGCUGAGGUUCUGACAUACGCUGACAUUGAGAAGCUGAUUGGUCCCCCACCACAUGGGAAGAAGAACACAAUAGAGCCACACGGCUGGGAGGGAAUCAUGCCUGAAAAUAAUGACGUAGCCCCCGAGAAACGGAGGAGGAAUAGUGGCAGGAAAUCCAAACGGGAACAGUUGUGAUCACUGACUCAAUCAUACCGACAAACUUGCGCCAUUCUCAGGCAGGCUGUGGAAAAUGAGACUCGGUUCACACCUAAUACAAGUAUUAUGGAUUACCUUAUACUGAUGGCCAUGGUGACAGGGUUAGACAUAGCCUGUUAUCCCUGGGAUGAGCGAAAAUGCAAACUGAACAAGCUUCUGGUCAGUAUUUGAAAUGAAACAUGAAAGUCAAUAGAACCCUUGUCAGAAAGCUAAUCACAACAGCUCAACUGUUUGGCUGUUACUAGAUUCAUGAACCUGGUUCGUUCUGUAAGUUCAAACAGCUAGUUGUUACUCUCAAAUUCAAUCAUGACACAGUGUGUGCGAUUUGAAAUAGCUGUACAUCCUUAAUUCUCCAGUGAGUAGGUUCUCCAUUCUAUUGUGGCAAAUACAGUCGUGCCCCGUUUAUCCGGACACUAAAGUCUUGUAUUUUUCUUGAAAUUGUCCGGAUAAACGAAUUUCGGAUAUCUGAACCACAGAUGUCAACGACAAGGGGACAUCUAGCAUUGCCAAACACCACUCAAAAUUAACUCAGUGUCACCUUGCUAAUUAAGACUGCUGACUUCUGUAUGUUAGGGCUCGCAGAAACCACUCAGUAAAAUGCAUGUGUAAACAUACUGACAGGUACUCAGACAUCCGGAUAUAACGGUGAAAUAAUGCAUAUAAUUUAGCGUUUUGUAUGUGAAAAUGACCAUCUGGUUACUGAAACCGGGUUUCCGGAUAAAUGAGUAAUUUUACAACAUUCGUUUUAAGGAAUGUUCAUUCGGAAGGCGAGUUUUCCGGAUGUCUGAGGUUCAGAUAAACGGGGCACGACUGUACACAGGACCCAUUACUUUUGCUUGUUGGAAAACUUUGUGUGUGUAUUUUAAGCACCAUGUUGUUAGAAUUGGGCUCAAAGCCAUGGCAACAAAUCUGUCCAGGGUGUUAUCUUGGAAUGGAGAUAUUACACCCUGCAUCAUCGAGGAUGGGUCCUGUCAGCAUCUGAUAUAUCUGGUAAAUGUAAUCGUAUAUGCCACCUGAAAGUAUACAUGAAAUAUAAAUAUAUCUAAUUAUCCAGCCUCUAACUGAAAUCUCACACCCUGAGAACUGAAUGAUGCGUGCUAGCCAUUGGCAUUGUGUGUGCUUGAAAAUAAUUUAUACUGUGUGCUGGAGAUUUGUACAUACUGAAAACUGAGACAAAUAUGAGAAUAAAUUUCUUACGUUGC